AAUCCCUGUUCUUCAUUGUUUACAUGAACAUAUAGCUGAAAUAGUUAAAGAAAACAUUUCAUUUGGGAUCUGAAUGGCCCCAAGGACAACACGAGGGUUUAAUCAAGCCCAGUGCAUUAUUUUCACUCAAACUACAGCACAAUUGACAUGAUAUGCUGAAAAGUUGAAUACUAUGUUGCCUACAGGUUCUGUAUCUCAUCAAACACACACUGGUCUUAACUCCCUAGAAGAGAAAAAUACCUUUCUUUUUAAGUUUUUAAUUUUCACAACACCUUGUUGUAACAACUAUAACCUGUCCUUGUGCCCCAGUACAUCCUUCAGAACAGUUACUGACACAAAGUCCCAAGGCCUUCCUUUAAACACAUGAACUACAGAAAGUUGACAAAAGCCAAACAAAAUCACUUUAGAGAACUGCUUUCAACAAAAGCUCCAAGAACAGAUAAUUUUCUUUGGACUCUCUCUUCUGGGCCGUUUCAUUGAUCAAACCUUUUUUUCCAAGUCGAGAUUUAAUAAAUCUGAACUAGAGACAUGUUAUUGCAGUUUCGACUGUAGGAAGGAAGGGAUGAUGAGGAUGUAGAAACAGCAGCAGCAGAGAGGAAGAGACAUAAAUAACACUUUGAUAAAAGGCAGUGCAGUCAAUGAGUCAAUAGGAAAUGCUUGAAUCUCAGAGGGAGCGGUCAGUGUGUCCAGAGGAAAGUUCUCUCAUCCUGUAAAACGCAGUGCAAUGACACUGGAAAGGUCGCAGUCAUUCAUUCAGCUGCUGCUCCUUACUCAUGCAUCAUGAGAAAACUGCAGCAGACUCACUGCACACUAUGUCUCUUUAUCUGACCUCCACAGUCUUUGAUGGCUUUAAAUCCACAUUCUGAGUCCUUGUAUGUAUCUAUUUGGUUUGAUUGUCAAAUUACCUGUGUAAAACAUUUUAUACUAAGACCUCAUGUGCUUGAUAUUUAUCAUUUUAAAUUUGAUUAUUUUGUGGGUGUCUUGUUUUAAUAGAAUGGUGUACUUUGUCCACUUGGUUUUGUAUUGUUUGGUGAGCCCUGUAGUAAUCUGAAGAGUGAGAGUAAAUGUGUCUGUGACAGCAUGUCUGUGGCUGCUCCCUGACACAGUUGCUGAUGAAAACUUAAUCUGAAUAACCAUGGGAAUUUUACAGCUUUAAAUCCUGAGUUAUCAUGGCUUAUCUUGUUAUCAUGUCUAACACACACUAAGGGGUAAAAAGACGCAUGCAGAGAUUUAUUUUAAUCUGACUAUUAAAUGGGUUUUUGAGUUGUUCUACAUCAAGAAAUCUGGUUUUAUAUCACAUCUCAUGGUUUUACUGAUGCAUAUCUGCACCACUGAUAUUGACUUUGUCAUUAGCUCCGACUGUCCACACAUUGACUCUUCUCGUCCUCCUUCCUCCUGAUCCUCCCACACCUCAUCUGCUGCAAACAAGUGUUGCGGUUUCACUCCUGCGUCACUGACAAUAACAUUUUUCUGUCCUGAUAUUAUGUCAGUGACUGUAAAGAAAAAAACAACCAAACGUUUAAUAUUGUUGGUUAUUUACUAGACAUUCCAUCAUUAGCUUACGAGUGUGGGUUUUCUGGAACCUAUUCACACUAACCCAAGCUCCAUUCCCACACCUAAUUCUGACCGAACUAAUCCUGCAAUUUUUCAGUUUCCACCUGCCCACAAAUCACUCUCAUACAUCAUGGCUGGACAAGGAGACAUGCUCGGCUGCACAACAACUUCCAAGUGUGCACUUUGGCACCAGGCAAUAAGCUGAAGCAGGGCCCAUGGAGAAGAAUAACUGAGAGACUUUUCCCUAUUGAGAAUGAUAGGUUGUUCUCUCUUCUAUAUAUGAACUCCACAGUGCACAGUUCUUGGUAGCCUUGUUCGCUUACAUUUGUAAUUAAUUACAAAUAAAGAUAAAGACUGGUGGUUUGUUUGCAUUAUACUGAAUUGAUUUUUUAUUAUUUUGCACAGAAAUGUGCAAUAUCAUAGUCCCUGAUGUCAGCUAGUGAUAUCAACACAAGAACUGCUGAGGGAUAUUUAAAAACAUGACAUCACAAUUUGAGGAACUCCUGUAUUUAACACAAUGGCUUUCAUUUAUAUCCCACCAUUAUUAUAUAUAUAUUAUAUAAAAUAAUAUUGCGUCUUGUACUAAGUUCAGACGUGCACGGCCAUUAGAUAUGAAAUAAAAUGGAGCAGAUUUUUAUGAGACGACACUUUGUGAGCUUAAUCUGUCAGUGUUGAGGGAGAAAGUCCUGAUCAACCACUUCUCAAAAUAGUUACUUCAAAUUCUCUUCCAACUGUGGUUUUGACAACAUCCAUGACUUAGGAAAAGGUGCAUGUUGCGUUGCACUUGUAACAUUAUUUUGAUUACAUGUGAUGGAAAUUGCAUUGGCUCUUAGAAACUGUAACACCCUGAAGAUGUUUCACCUCUCAUCCAAGAGGCUUCUUCAGUUCUAACUGGUGGUGGGGAAUACAGCAAAUAUAUACUGUGGGUGUGACAAAUAAAGCUACUUCAGGUCCCUCCCUUCCUUGAGAAAAUGUCAUGUCCAGGUGCCUAACGAUACUCUUCAACCUUAACCAUGGUUAAAUAUUAAAUAUUAUGAUACAGGAUGUUACUUUUUAUGAACUUCCAGCGUUUUUUGACAUCAAGCAUAUCCAAUUUGACUAUCUCAAUAAAGUCACAGACUUCAGCCAUAACUCCUCGACGUCAGAGUGAUCCUUCAAGCAGUGAUAACCUGCUGAAAAUAACCAUACAUUUGUGAUUUUGACCUGAAUGUGUCACCGCAGCCUUUUAUAGUCACACUAACCCCCUCCUCCACAGAGCUGCCUCUGGUUGGUCCUUCAGUCGGUCAGUCCUCAACCUAUCUUGUGCUGGUAGUGAAACAGUGCGCGUGUGUGUCCGGAUUGUAGAGUGGAAAGCUCUGGAGGACGUUGGCGACGUCAGUGGUUAUGACGAUGUCAGUGAAAAGAGAGGGAGGGAGAGAGAGAUGGCUCGAACACAUGACCGCUGUCGUUGCCACAUGUCCGGGAUUGUUUUUCUCUACGCUUGGUCCUCGUAAUAACAACUUGUCCGGUUGAGGAAUCGACAGCCGUUUUUUCUGUGGAUAUUAUUUUCUGCCUGAUUUUCUGUUUGGUUUGAGUGGGGGUCUCCCUCCGAGUGGAAAGUCUGAGUCGGGCUCAGCUUGGGACGAGGGUCGGACGCUGGUGUUGCGUAAAAGCGCUCUUGCAGUUUGGGAGAGAGUUACCGUGGAGCGGGCUAGUGCUCCUAUGCGUAAAGGAUGAACAACUCCAGCAGUCACAGGGACAGUGACCUCCAGAAAAAGAUUGACCAUGAGAUUCGGAUGCGUGAUGGAGCCUGCAAGCUGCUGGCUGCCUGCUCCCAGAGAGACCAGGCGCUGGAGGCAGCAAAGAGCCUGCAGACCUGCAGCACUCGUAUCUUGGCCUACAUGUCUGAGCUGCAGAGGAUGAAGGAGGCCCAGGUCAUGCAAAAGGUCACACGGAGGUCAUCGGAUGCCGGGCCGAUGGAUGACAGAAUGCCAUGUAAAGGGAAAGUGGCAAUUUCAGAUCUCCGUAUCCCCCUCAUGUGGAAGGACACAGAGUACUUUAAGAACAAAGGAGAGCUCCAUCGAUGCGCUGUGUUCUGCCUUCUGCAGCUGGGAGGAGAAAUCUUUGACACAGACAUGGUGAUCGUAGAUCGGACACUCACGGACAUCUGCUUUGACAAUGCCAUUGUGUUCAGUGACGCCAGCCCUGGUUUCGAGCUACGUGUUGAACUUUACAGCUGCUGCUCUGAGGAUGAUUACUCCGCAGGGAGCACGCCAAGGAAGCUGGCCAGCAAAUUGAGCUCCUCGCUGGGACGAUCAUCUGGCAAGAAGCUACGGGCAUCCAUGGAGCCUGGACCCGUCAGCCCUGUAAGCAACGGGGGAGCCUCUCCUCUCCUGCUGCCAGUUCCCUCUGUACCAGGCCCAAAGUAUCACCUCUUGGCUCACACCACACUGACACUCUCACAUGUCCAGGACAGCUUCCGCACACAUGACCUUACCAUCUCAGGCAACGAAGAGUGUUCCUAUUGGCUGCCGCUCUAUGGCAGCAUGUGCUGCCGCCUCGCAGCUCAGCCUCACUGUAUGACCCAGAAGAUGAUGAGUGGAUGUUUAAAGGUCAAGCAAUGUGGUGCUGACCUUCAGAGUUGGACAAAGGUGUACGCAGUUCUCAAAGGAACCAGUCUUUUCUGUUACCAUCGGCAAGAAGAUGUGGAGGCCAAUGUGGAACCAGCUUUUACAAUUGGUAUCAACAAGGAGACCAGGAUACGAGCGGCAGAGAAAGACCCUCAAAGUAAAGUGCAGAAUAUCUGCAUUAGCAACCAGUAUGGAGGAGAGGAGGUCACUCACACUCUGACCACAGACAGUCGAGAGGACACACACCGGUGGAUGGAGGCUUUUUGGCAGCAUUUCUAUGACAUGAGCCAGUGGAAACAGUGUUGUGACGACUUGAUGAAAAUUGAACUGCCUUCCCUGAGAAAACCUGCCCCUGCCACACCAAAGCAGGGUUCGCUUUACCACGAAAUGGUUAUUGAAUCCUCUGAUGAUCUCAGCAGUUCUGUGUCAGACAUCCUGGCCCGGAGGUUGCAGGAGCUGGAGCUCCGCAGCCAGUUAGGCACCUCCCCCACAUGGAUGUCUCUGUUUGAGGAGAACAGCCCUAAAAUCGUCGGUCGCCCACGUCCCUGUACUUCUCGCCUGUCUGGCCACAGUCCCUGCACCCCUCAUCGUCUGCCCAGGAGCCCUGUGAGCCCUCACCGCUGCGCCCAGAUGGGCCUUCUGUCCUCAGACGUGAGUCUGACUUCAGAUAGCGACAGCCAUUGCAGCACCAGUCUCUGCUCCCACCACUACGGCUGGCCUGAACCUUCGUCAAACUUCCCAAUCUUGUCAUCUUCGCCCUCCCGUCUCAGACCUCGCACUUUGUCACUGGAUGCUAAACUUAGUACGCUGCGAGGGAGGGGGUUGGGAGGAGGGGGCGUAGGAGGAGGAGGAGGAAACUGCCACUGCUCCUGCCAGCCUCCUUCUUCCUCACUUCUGGGCCCUAGUCCCAUCUCCUCCCGUUCGCCUCGAUUGCAGCACAGCACUCAGACCACGCUGUCCUGCUCCAGCUCCACCUCCAGCAGCAGCAGCUCCAGCAACAGUGAGUGCAGCCACAGCCCUGAGUCGUCUGAGGGGGUCCCCUUCUCAAGGCCUUCCCCGGUGCGACGCAGCCUCAGAAACCUCAGGGCCAGACUUGAUCCCCGCAACUGGCUCCAGAGUCAAGUGUGAACUGGUUUCCUGCCAGACAAUUCAUCCAAACCUAAGGUGAAAGAACCUGUCAGACCAUUAGCUGCAUGAACCAGACCUCCUACUGGAUGAUGGACCCUUGAAGACCCUCCUGGGCCAAACUGGAAUGUCUACGAGCAAAAAAAAAAACAAAAAAAGAAAAGACAGGUGACAAUCACUGCAGUAGUCUUUUGAUUUUGCAGGUUUGCCACAAUUUCCAAAACUCUAUGGGAGGUGCUCACAAAGUUUGUCCUCAUGUGGAACUGGAUAAGUUUCAAUGAUCACCUCUUUAUUCCCUAGUUUUAGCCACAUGAACAUUUUCCUCAAGGACAUUUCUAUUAAAGCACUAGCAGCAGUGUUUUGACUGGACAAGACAGUAUUUUUUAACAAAACAAUUUGCAGUGUUGAUGGUAAGCAUGUGGCCAAAAAUAAUGGUAGCGGAAGAGUUUUCACGUGAUCUCUGUGAGUGUGAAGUGGCGAAGUUAACGUUUCCGUUGCCUGAACUGUGAUUUUUUCGCCUUCACUUUAAUCUGUCUAAUUAUUCACACAACACACAGUGUCUGUGGUGUAUCCUUACAUAACUAUGCAGUUUUUUCCGACCUGGUUACACAUAACAGAGAAAAUGAUAUGGGUGAGACAAGUUUCACCAAAUGCAAACUUACUGUACUGGUUUUUACUGUGAUCUCUUCAGGGUUGAAUCUGUGCUCUGCUAUGUUUUUUUCUGUUUACACCUUCACCACAAUUCUUAAUAAAAACAUGCGUCUCCCAGUGAACCAGUUAUCAACCAAUGUUAUAUAACAAAUAUAUUAAUAUUAUUGGCAUCAAAUACAUAAACCUAUAUUACCCCUGCUUCAGAAAAGUUGACUAUAAGUGACGCCAUCGACACCAUUUGCAGCUAAUUAUAUUGUCAUCUGUCCAGCAGAAGAAAUUGUAGUUGAAACCAUCACUUUGAAUGUCCAUGACAGACAACAACCACAGAACAUUUGUGGUUCCCUAGUGUGGUGGUUAGAACACGUGCCUUAUACAUCUGCCUCACACACGAAAGGUCCUGGGUUUGAGCCCCAGAGGAACCACAUACUUAAUGGUGCCUGCUGUGGCAGUCUGUGAGUUGCAAGGACUAACAUUGUGAAUUUCUACAAUUUGUUGGAUGAAAAAGUGACUGUAUGAUGAAAAAGUAAAAAUCAAAUAUAAAAUUUGGGCAUUUUCAUAGUAGUGCUUUUAUUGUCUUUUUGGGAAAAACAUGUCAUAUUUAUAUAUAUAACUUUUCUGAAAAAGGGGUUUUAAUAUAUAAAGCCAUAGUUUAAUUUGUUCUUAAGCCUCUUCAGUACUCUUCAGUGUGAGUAUUCCUGCUUUGACUCCAGAGAAGGUCGUGCAAAAGAUCCAAAAAAUUCAAUUUAAUGUGAAAAGCAUUGGUGAAACAUUAUUGAUGCAACAAUAAGAUAAUAGAUAAUAGAUAAGUAGAAAUGAUCUAUUACAUAGUCCUACCAACUGCUCUAAAAAGUACAAAGAAAAAAAAAACUUUUACGGUACAGUAGGAAGUAUAAAGCGUUGCUGCCUUUCACAGAAGUUAUUUAAAUCAGUGUCAGUGCAGAAAAACCUCUUCUGUCUCUUUCUUGUAACAGGUUUCUCUCAAAACAAACAACCCCCCCCCGAAUAAACAGCCUUUUAUUACCAAGAUUUUAAAAUUGUCAAGUGCUGACGAACAGCAUUUGUUACUGUAAAUUAGUUAUUAUAAGUUAACAAAUAAACCUCUCUUGGAUGUUGUUUUUUUUUUUUUUUUUGGUAACGUUAUAGAUUUGGUUAUAAAUGCAGCUAUAUUUACACCUGGUGAGAAUAAUGUUAACAGGUGAUGUGCAGAACGUUAACAUUGAAUGUUAUAACCUUGCAGCUGUUUUCUUUGUUGGCAAACUUUGUAUUCUGCAUGUACGCUGUUGUGGAAGGACAGGACAAGAGAUGAUGACAUGUGGGAACCUGAUGUUGAAAUAUAACAUAAAUUAUAAUAAAUGAUGUUAUUAUUUACA